AAACUGCAGACCCUGGAGAAGAGAAGGAGAGCAGAGAAGAAGAGAGUUUAGAGAGAACUUUUGUUUUCCUGGGACUUUAAUGAAGUUGGCCCUGGUUAGUCUUGGAGGGAUUAUAGCUCAGACUGGAGUCACUUGUGUUACUUGGCCCUGUGACUGCUGUGCUGUGAGGUGAGUGAGGGCACUUUCCUUAGGGUCACAUGAAGGGGAUGAUCGCAGGGCAGAAGCAGAGCGGGAAGAAGACCAUGAAUAUGGCGACAGUUUCACCUACUCACCCAGGCUUUGGGAGAUCAGGGAAGAGCUUCCUCAUCGACAAUCUGCUGCGCUCGGCGGGGCCAUCCUCUUCCUCAUCCUCGCCCAACUCAGAUGGACCAACAGGUGGGUUCUUCAGGGGUCCACUGACCGGCCACCACAGGAGAACCUGGGGCCCUCAGCAUGUUGUCUACGAGGGCCAGAGUCAGAACUGUAAACGAGUCAAAGACAGGGGGCUCCCUCCUCGGUCACACUCAGGCCUGUUGAGCAAUGUGUUUCUACGAGGCCCUCAGUAUCUGCUGGCCGCAGUGUGCUGUGGUGGGUCCAGCCCUCCGUCUGUCUUCUCCGAGGGAGCCAACAUUCCCAUGUGGUCCCCGGAUACGAGCCCCAAAUCCCGGCGAGGGAUCCUGAGGAGGGCGGUGUUCUCUGAGGAACAGAGGAAGGAGCUGGAGAAAACGUUCAAGAGACAGAAGUAUAUCAGCAAGACAGACAGGAACAAACUGGCAGCAGAUCUCAGCCUGAAGGAGUCUCAGGUGAAGAUCUGGUUCCAGAACCGGAGGAUGAAGUGGAGGAACUGUAAGGAGAAGGAGGCCCACAGCGGCCGCUCCCCCAUGGAGGAGCUCAUGUCCCGGGGCUGCAAACAGGAAGAGGAGGCACCAGAGAGCACGGGCACGGCAUUAGACAGAUCAUCAUCGCAGCAGUGGGACAGGGAGACAGGAGUUACCAUAGAGAAAGAGCCAUGCAAGAAACGUGUGACUUUGAUACAGCCAAUGAGUCUGCACAGACACACUAUGACCUCUGACCCCUGAGAGGAUGAAAGACUGAGAGAAACCACUGGGCAAAAACUGGUUGAAUCAACGUUGUCUCCACAUCAUUUCAACAAAAAAUGAUACAUGAUGUUGAAUCAACGUGGAAACUGAUUGGAUUGGAAAAAAGUAAUCAACAUAAGGCAACUGAGUCUUUUUUUUUAUCCAACGUUUUAUCUAAAUCCAACGGCAUGGUAACAUUUUUUGUUGAUUUCACAUUGAAUUCAUGUUAGUUGACAACUCAACCAAAUGUAAACCAAACCUAGAAGUUUAAAUGACGUCUGUGCCCAGUGGGAAGAUGAGGGUCAGUGUUGUGAGGCAUGAUUGAAAAGGGACUGUCGGAGCAUUGGAUAAAACGACUAACACUCCAUAACAAUAAAAUACUCGUCAUUUUAAUAUUGUGUGGGUUGCUAUUGUGUAGCAACAUUUUGUAGACUGACUAAAAGUGUUUUUGGAAAGUGUUUUUGAAUGAUCAAUACAAAAACAAAACAUUUAUUAGACCAUACGUUGUAUAUUAACACACAUUGAAGGUUAGUCAUCUGCACACAACCAUAAAUGCUUUAACAUGUAAUAUUGUUUUCAGAAUGUUUGUUUUACUCCUAACUGGAAAAAAAAUCUGUAAAUAAAAUAUUCAUUAAAUGCUGAUUUCUUCAUUCCAUGUUAAUAUUCAAGAUGCUGAGCAUCCCAUAGUAAUACAAGACAAACUUAAUAAGUUAGUCUUUUUAAUAUUUACAAAAAUACAGUUAAUCAAUAAAAAUAGUGCUUUUAAGAAACACAGAAUUAAACAGAACAGAAAUGUGCUAUUUGUUAAGUAUUAAUCGCAAACUAUUAACAUCAAACAAACCAGGUAAAUAUUGACUCUUUGCAUCAACUUCAUUUAAUUG